CCAUUUUUCAGUCAAGAACCUUAUGCUCAAUUGUGCUCGCUAAUCGCUUUCAAUUUGAUUUGGUUCAAUCGAAUUCGUUCACCACGAUUUUCGACUGGGUUCACCGUUUAUGGUGAACUUAACAAUCAACAGUCGUGAGACAAUCUGUGUAUCAAAUGGGAGUUGUUAUUGAAUCUGAUAUCUGGGAACCAAACAGAUCGAUUUAUGUACUAUUAUUCAUCUGCUGCGUGGUUUCAAUUUUCUGUUUGCCCGCCAAAUCUAGUACAAAUGUGCUCGAUCACGCGUCUUCCGCUUCUCUUCUCCGUUUUCAGCGCAAAUUUCUCCUCCUCUACGCUAUAUCCUCAGUGAUGCAGGGUUUGUGGGCUGUGUUUGGAGAAUACGAGUUGGCGUAUUAUGGAUUCAGUAAAGAUCAAUUACUGACAGUUUUUUCCGUUGGAUUUGCGGUCUCUCUGUUUAUCGGGAGCUUUCUGGGAGUGCUAUCUGAUUUAUUAGGUCACAAGAAACUGUGCUUGUUGUUUUUCUUGCUACACCUUUUGGUGAGUUUAUGGAAGCUGGUCUUUGGAACUUCUACUUUUUGGUUGACAAGCAUCUUUCUUUCACUGGCAUCAUCAAUAUUUUCCUUCGGGUUCGAGGCAUGGAUGGUUGUUGAGCAGGACAAGCUUGGCCAGAGGCAAGAGGUACUGAAUGACAUGUUUUGGAUGAUGACUUUCUUGGAGUCUGCAUCUUUCAUUGGAAGCCAGGCACUUGCAAAUUAUUUAAUUGAUGAUAAUGUGAUCAGAAAUAUAAAAUCUUUGUGGAUUGGAGCUGCAGUUUUGGCUGUUCUUGCUGUUUGUCUUGUCACUCGAGGUUGGCAAGAAGCUCCUCAAACAGCGGCUUUGAAGGAUUAUCGUGUUUCGUUUCACAGACAUGUUAUUAGUGAUAAAAGAAUAUGGCUCUUGUCAUGGGCACAAUCCUGCGUGCAUUUUUCUGUUGCAGCAUUUUGGAUUCUUUGGGCCCCAUCUAUAGUGGCCGAUGGAAGGGAGGUUUCUUUGGGAUUGAUAUAUCCUUGUUUGCUUGGUUCAAAGAUGCUCGGUAGCACUGGAUUCCCAUGGUUCUUUCACGUGCCAUUAGUGCUUCGGGCAGAGGAAUACCUAAUAUAUGCAUUCACUAUAAUGGGCUUUGCUUUGUCUGUUGUGGCCUAUGAUUAUCAGGAAAUAGGGCUUCUUGUAACAUUACUCUGCUUAUUUCAAACUUGUCUGGGCGUGGUUUUGCCAUUUCUUGCCAGAGUGAGAACAAUGUAUGUGCCAAAUGAAAUUCGUGGUGGAAUGAUGAGCUUAUCUCUCGUGCCAGCAAAUGCAGCAAUCUUGUUUCUCCUGGUCCUGAGAGGUCAUCAGUACAUUGCAAAUUCAACUAUUACCUCAAUUGCUGCUUUUGGGCUGUUCUCAGCUGCUGCUUGCAUGUUUUCAUUAAAAAAAUGGGGAAAACAACUCCAGCAGAGUAGACGGAACUUGUGAUACCAAUCCAUUUCUCGGAAUCUCUUUCACCCACCAAUCUUCUGAAGUUGAAGAUUUGUUUCGUGUAUGAUCAAAUAUCUGAUUUUCGAGAUGAUGGGUGGUGGCCAUGUCGUGAUAACUGCAUGAAUCUUGUCUUCGCCAACCAAGGUAGGGUAACAGGGGAUCAACGCUGCAAAAGGGGGGUUUGGUAAUUUCAGGAAGAGUAAGUCUUAGAUGCACUCAUCAGUUGCACGCACACGUUCUUUAUAAGAAGUGAUUUUCUGCACACAUGCUAGCCCAUGAAUAUCAUAUUCUGGUCUCCAUCCUUAUUGCCUUGACGUCUCUGGGUUGGGACUUGCUAAACCAACACAGAUUCUAUUCGGCAAAGUGUGUCGUCCUGAACAUUACCAUGGUAGGCUUUUGAGGAUUAGUCUAGAUAGAUAAAAUAGUAUAGGUUAAUUCGUUGUUUAUUAAGAUGGAUAGUCCUUGGAAUGUUCUAAAGCCCUUGAUAGUUUCUAUCAUUUGAGUUAAUUUUGGUAUAUUUAUAUA